AUGAUGAGCUCUCGGAGCCACGCAAACAUGAAUGUCUCGGCAUUGCAACCGUCACUGUCCCCUCAGUCCGUCACACGACGCGCUACCGUCGCGAAUGACAAUGAGCUCUAUCAUCACCGCACGUCGGGUGCGACCGUCGAGCGUGCGCCCAGUACUGACAACCAAGUGGAUGUGCAAAUUCUCAAGAAAUUAUCAGCAUCGGUUUCACAUUUUGAAGGUUCGCGCACGAAUUUGUCCUUUGUUGUGUCCGUAGAGACACUGAUCCCUGGCCGUCGCGCCUUUUCGGACGAACGCGAGUCCUGCCAGCUAGUAGCACGAUCCUUUAACGAUUUCCGACGCUUCCGGAAGUCGCUACUCGCACGUGUCGGUAGUCUCCACGACCCAUCGUUGCUGUUCUCCCGACGAAGUGGCAAGUGUCGAUGCGACGGCGUCAAUGGGUGCCCGUUUGACGUCACACGAAGCUUCCUUGAGCGGCUCAAGUUUACACGGAUGCCUUUUCUAAGUCUUGGGGAGAGUGAGGUCGAUCUGACCAAACGCCAACAGGAGAUGGACAAUUUCCUUCACAUCAUCUUCGCCAUCCUGCAUCGUAUGCAGCCCAGUUCGUGGCAUCCAGAGUGUCAGUUCUUACAGGACGUCAUGGCCUUUCUGGAGGUUGAAGAGUCGUUUUCUCAGCAGAUGGAGCUGCUACUGCGCAGCAAGAAUCGUCACAUGAAUCUGGACGGGUGGAAGGCACACACUCUUGAGACUUUUGGCUCAGGUAUUGGCGUGUAA